UUGUACGCAAGAUGGCGUCUUUCGACAGACUUUGUGCUUUUCGAAUAUUUACAAUCAAACUACGGAAGUAAACGACAGAAAAUCUCAGUAAAGAGUGUCCUGGGUUAUUCUGCGGGAUUUACCAAGGGCCUUUUGGAUUGAGUAACAGGUGCAGCCAAUGGAAUCUGCAAGUAGCUGUCAGCAUUAAUAUGCGCACACCGUCAUGUCUGGAAGCAUCAGAGUGCGUCGAGUAGCCGACCCUACGCCUGUUCAGCGGGGGCCAGCACCCUUCCCCAAAUACGAUGAUUUGACGACAGCAUGGAAUAAUCACGCUGAAGCAAAAAGUGUGCUCCGUAGGACCGAGGCUAGGCUAGAGGAGGCAGAGUUUUACUCCAACGCCGCCCACAGCCCCGGUAGCCAGGACCCCCGGGGCAAGCUGAGCCCCAGCUAUAGGCAUUACUUGACGGGCAUGGAAAACCUGGCAAGGGUCCAGGUACCAGUCGAGAGAGUCCCGUCAGUAGAGAUAGGCAGCCACAAGCAUCAGGCUUCAAAUAGAUACAGCCAUCUCAACUAUGGCAGAGAUAAAGUCAGGAAAAGAGUUACAAUAGUUGACAACCUUGAGGGUGACCAAGGCUCAUCACACCACCUGUCCCCACCAAGAAGCAAGAGAGACAGACUGGCCGAAGCCAGGAAUCUGGACUCCCUGAGCCCUACCAGGAGUGUUGACAGUGCCCAGGUACAGAGGUUGGAGCAUCAGCUGAAAUCUCUCUCCAGGACACUCAAGUCUUCGACCCUUGAUAGAACCCAUCCCACACAGGCUUCCUACGAUCAUCAUUUGAUGGAUAAAGACUGGGAGGGUGUGCCCCCUCGUGCAGAAAGUUAUGACCACCGGACAUCCCCAAAAUCAAAUGCUCUGUCUCCAUCCAGCCAGGAGAUACUCAGCCGGGGUUCGACCAAUAUGUCUGUCGACAAUAGCACAGCCAUUCGCGUCUUGAACGAUUUACUCCCAAGACAGCAAUUGGAGCAGGGCAGGAACCAGAAACUGAGGUAUCAGGAGAAUUAUGUCCCCGCUUACGAGCGGUUGUUUGGAACCCUGCUUGGAGAGAGGUCUUCCGAGAGACAGGAAACUUUUACCAAGGAAGAGGAAUCGGAUGCACUGCAACGAGACGCUACGCGACUGAGAGCGCAUGAGAGCCGGAAGCUGGCGCUGGGGGGAAGCGCUUCCGACCACAUGGAAAGACUCAGGGAGAAGGUGGAGCAGCAGAAAGCGGCUGUGGCCAACUGCAAGCAGAUGACCGGGGAGAGGACGCGACACCGGGACGGGGAUCCUGUCAUCCUGCAGGACCCCGACACAGAGGGGGACUCUCACCUAGCAGGAUAUCCACUCCCCGCAGGCAAGAGCACGGUGCGCAAGGUCGCCACAGCCCCCGCUGCACCAGCUUACAAGGGCUUCAGCGAAGUGGAGACUCGCUUCCAGAUGCCGGAUGGAAAGGUUGUCACGGAAGACCAGCUCACACGAAAAACCAGUCGGAAAACCAGUGACAAGUCAACCAACCGCACAACAGGGAAAGUGGCAUCUCUGGAAGACCGUGCUUUGAAGCCUAGCAUGGCCCUCCAGCAGCAGAAUAAACCAGGGCAAUCCUCCAAGUCGAGUCGAACCGUGCGGAAAGUCCACAAAGGGCCUCCCAAGAUUUUGGAUAAGAGGCCCAAGCGGCCCGAUCGCAACAAGGACAUCAUCUCGGCAGCAGCAUGGCGGGAGGGCCAGAAGACAGUUCUAAAGAUUCUGGGACCCCCUCCAGAGAAACCAAAAAUGGCAGCAAAGCAGCCUGCUCCCCAUUCACCCCCAACUCAUGACACAGAAGAUCCACCGUCAAGUAAGCACCAGGACUUACCCCUCUCCGUAGAAGACAGAACUAAAGAUGACUUCUCAGAUGCUGAGCUGUCUGAGCAUCCUCUCGAAAGAAAGGAGGUUGGGGACAACGACCGAGUACCCAGUCCCACCCCCGACCUAGAGAAGCUCCCCUCGGAAGCCAAGAAUGUGCUAGAAGACCUCCAUCUCGACCCUUCCACCAGUGAGGAUGAGAAACCAGUCUCCAGGGAUCAGAAGGAUGGCCAGAAGGCUCCAAAGAUCCCCAAGAAGAAGUCCGCCAGACCCCCCAGACCAAACCCUGAUCCGGUCUUUCCCGCUGAGCGGGUCCGACACUAUGACACGGACAAGGUCCGCAGAUACAUGGCCAAGCAGAAAGCAGAACGCCGGCGUAGGCUACAGGAGGAAAAGGCAGCUCGCAACUUGGCCCAGGAGCGAAAACAGGAACAGCUGCGAGAGCUGAGCAAGAAGCAGAAGGACAGCGUCCGCCUGAGCCAGAAGAAUCGUAGUGUCGCUAACGGCCAGCUGGGAGAAACCUUCUCCAAAGAUCCCACCGAAGAAGUCAUUGGAAGUCAACUCAAUGGCUUGGACCAGCUGCCUCGGCACAUUCCUUUCCGACAAGAUGGCAAGAAGAUCGAUGUGACCAGCUCAGAUAAGGAGAACAAGAAUAUCUGGAGCACUUCCAGCAGCGACAGCAGCACCCAGUCCAGCCUGCCCAGUGACCCUCCCCACAGCCCCUUGGACCAGGCUCCACCCACCCACAGUGACCCCCUGGGAGGGAUUGCCGACAGCAACGGCAGGACUGAGGUUCAGCCACCUCCUAGACCAGGGUCUCCCAUUGGGGUAGUGGUCACACAGAUAACAGGGGGUGUGCCUGAUGGAGGUCAGAGGUCAGCAGUACCUGUUGACCCAGGUCAAAGGGCAGAGGUCAUGCAGCCAUCCAUUAUUGGACAAGAUCUUGUGAGCAAUGCAGCUCUUCUGUUUUCUGCAGCUCCUCCCUCCACUGGAAUCUCAAGGGCUGCCCGCAGUAAAGCAGACAGGAUUCAGGCCCUCAAGGCUACAGCGGCUGCAUUGCAGGGUAAAAUAGAUAGUGAAGUCAAGAAGCUAACCGGAGACUUUCAGCCCCAGGCUGUUACCUCCCCAGUGGACGUCAACGACAGGUGGGCCUAUCCCUCUGGUUCAAGAAUGGCCACCCCGAUCCGCUCUGUGCAUUUUGGCGGGAGCGCCGUUGCAUUGCCGGUAGGGGAGGCUGACAGUCCUGAAGCGCCGACGCGGUACCAACGCAUGGUAGGAAGUGACAGGGACCACAAGGUCUUCACUGGUUCUCUGCCUGGUACAGGGAUCCUGUCGGCCCAGGCCCGGCUGGCCCAAGACGCCUCUAACCAGGAGCACGCAGCCACCAGGAUCCAGGCCGCCUACCGUGGGCACAGCGUCAGGCAGAAGCUGGACUGGAGCCGACCAUCACUCGGCAAUGCUGUCCAGAGGCAAUCUCCAAACACUGUACCUGAGGUUCAUGUGUCAAGGGCUGAUCAGAGCAGUCCACUCAACAAUAGGGGUGUCUAUGUUUCGGCUUCCCUGAGCGAGGGGUCCCUCAGUGAGGGCUCGCUGACAGACACUGCAGCUGAGGACAAGGACUACAUGCCCAUCUUCAAGAGCCUGCCCACUACGCACGGUCACCAGCCCCCGCCGGGUACCAGCAGUGACAGUCCGCUCACAGCGGUGGGCUUGCCUACGUCACCUGCCAGUCGGCCAAUCAGCUUGCCAGUACAGGGGGCAGACAGGUGGAAGGAGAGUCUAGCGGACGGACUCAGCGUCAUCAACAUCUACACCAGGAAGUACCAGAAUGCAAAUCGAGUGGUCCUGUACGGCCAACUCCCAACAGAUUCUGCAAAACCCAAGGACUCCAUAAUUGGUUACUCCUGCAACGAUGACUUUACCGGCAGCCCAACCACCUCCUCAAAAUCCUCCAGGUCGAAACCGGAGGAUGAUGACCCUUACUCGGCCGACUUCACUGCCGACAGCAGCAGUAAGACCAAGAGCAAGUCAAAGUCGAAGUCCACCACCUCAUGUAGCAAAUCCAGCUACGGGACUGCCAGCAACCGCAAGAGGUCAUCAAGGUCAGGGGUCACUGAGCAGACUCCGAGCAGAAAGGCCGACGACAACACGUUGGACUUGUCUCCCGUGGAAAGCUUUGGAAGCUCUGGUGAUGAUGUUGCCCUCCACAAGGGCAUCCCUCGUACUCCGAGCCCAAAGGUGUUGCUGUCCACCCACCGCCCAUCCACCGACAGGCGUACCUCCCCUUCCCACCUCACCCCCAACGCAUCCCUGGGUUCCAAAUCUCCGUCCAGCCCCGACAGCACACUGUCCUCGGGGUCCCUUCCCCGGUCCCCUGCAACGAUGGAACACCAGCCGGGGCAGAGGCGGUCUCCGUUGUCCGGCAGUAAGAGCCCAUCCGGGAGCGGUCAAUCCAAGCCGAGCUUGUCAUCAUAUUCCACGGAUACAAGGACACGCUCAUCAAUCUCCACUGCUUCCUCGUCAGCCAAGGGCACGGAGAACCUGUUUAAACCGGUCAACUGUGUCCCCUCCAUGGAACCGGGCAGUGACAAAGGAUCAGAGAGGCUUUUACCACAGAGCGCAAGGCUCCACCCUUCAGCCGCGGGCAGGCCCCCUCAGCCCGCCCAGUACUCGCCAGCUGCCCUGAGCCUGAAGCUGGCCUCGGAGCUGAACCUGCUGGAGAGCCUGGAGGAGUCGGUACGGCAGCUGUCGGACCUGGAGCGCACCCGCCACAUCUCUUUGGCUCAGCAGGAGAGUGUGUCGCUUGCCCGGGUCCUGCAGGCCCGACAGCGGGACCAUGAGCGAGAGAUCCAGCUCCUGUCCCUCAAGGCCCGGCAGGAGGUUGAGGAGGCCAACAAACAACUUGAGGUUGUCCGACAGCGUGCUGUGGAGACAGCAUCUGAUGCUGAGCGUGUCCUCGCCCAGGCGCGGCGCGAGGCCGCCGAUGCGGUCAGCGAGAAUGCACGCCGGCUGAUGGAGACCCAGGCCGAAGCCGCCCGAGUCACUGCAGAGGCCGCCAAACAGAUGGCCGAGGCCCAGCGGAUGCCCGCACAGCCCCCGCCACCCAGCUACGACCCGGGCAAGCUGGCCUCAGACACGGCUACAGCAGCGACCACAGCGGCAGUGACAGCUGCCUUGGAGCAGCAGCGUCUGCAGCAGAUUGAGUUCCUGAAGGAGAUGAAGGGCCCUCUGGCCCCACCAACUCCAGCUGUACACACCAGGUCACUUGGUGUGGUUGACCGUACAGCUCUGUCCGGGGGUCAGCCAAGCCAGGCCAGUUACUCUGGCACCCAGGCCAGCUACACCAGCCACAGCAACAGCAGUGCGAGCGGUCGCUCGGACAGUCCACACUCCCCAAAACAGGACUACACGGAUGAUUUCACUGACAGCGCCAAGUCCCGGCGCUCGCCAACAAACUCUGUCAGCACAGGCACCAUCCCCAAGGCCAGCUCUCUGUCCCCAGUGAGCGACCACACCCGUCCAAGAUGGCCCAAAUCCCCGAAUGGGUCAGAUUCCAUCCGGACAGCUAGUGACGUCCCCAGCACUCAGGAUGGUUCCAGCCCGUCUAUUCCAACAGAGUCUGGCUUUUCUCCUGCGAAGGUUGACUUCUCUCUGAGCCGACGGAGCAACUCCUCUAUCAAAACGGCCUCCGACGUUGAUGCAGUGAGCACAGUCAGGAGCCCAAGCAUUGCUGAAGACAUCCCCGACAAGCAGCAUUCUAGCUAUUACAGUUCCUCAGGCGAGUCCAGGACCAAGACAUCCCCAAGUCUCACCCCAUCGUCCACCAGCACCCCCAUCCGGGCGAAAGACGAAGUCCGCCGGCCCCCGCACAUGGUCAGUGACCUCACCCUUGACCUGGACGAUUCCUUCACGCUGUCAGCGGAGAUGUUGCGACAGCAGCUGCGCGAUGAGGAGGUGCGUGCCCGCCAACAGGCGGCACUCUUCAAGCUGCGGGAGAAGACGUUGAUGGAGAAAGCCAAGGUGGAACUGGAGUGGCUGGAACAUGAGAAGAAACGAUACAAGGAGAGCGGGGACACAGAGAAGCUGCAGGCGGCCCGCAAGAGACAGCAGGUGCUGGUGACCAGGGUCCAACAAGAACAGGCGGAGAUUCGACGCCUGCGCGCUGCCCAGAAAGCAGCCAGCCACGAGCGGCAACUGCUCCUGUAUCAGCAGCAGGAGAUUGCGCGCAUGCGCAAGGCUACCGAGGCCGUCCGGGUUCAGAUGCGCGACCUGUCCAACGUUUCCAUCAGCUCAUCCCUCGGCGGUGCCCUCAGUGGCUCAGACCAGGCCAGCGUUGCGGCCUCUCCCAGCCCUACCUCGCCCGACCUCCCUGAGGUCCUGUCAGACUCUUCCCCAGACAGCCCCUCUGUGCCCAACGCGGUGGAGGAAGGGGAGGAGAAGAAGCUCCAGCCAGGGGUGGGGCCUGCCUACGAUAAGGAGGGCAGUGUCAAAGGUGAAUUAACGCCAGCUGAGAAGCAAGCUCAGGUCAUGCUGAAACUCAAGAAGAUGCAACAGCCUCUCAGCAUGAAGUACCUGACCAAGCGCGAACAGCAGCUGACCAAGCGGAGACGAAAUGCCGAGGAGCUGCUGGCCUGGCAGCGACGGCUGGACGAAGAGGAGAAGCAGGUGGUCAGCAUGGAACGCGAGGCCAUGCGACGGCUUGACAGCAGUGGCGGGACUGCCAAGUCGCGCCCACCCAUGAAGGCCCUGCCCCCAUCCCACCAAGCCCUGAGGGAUGACUCCGCCCGUGACUCGGACUCGGCCUCCCGUAUCACUUCGGAGGCAGUGAUGGACGCCGAUAGUACUCGGCCCCAUGCUCGAGAGGAGGGGAGACGAGAAGAGGAUGGGCGUCAGGCAAGCAGCGGCUCCGUCCCCGAGGACAUCAGUCAUGACAGUAGCGUGCCAGAGGAGGUCAUUUCUGACUCAUCGCCGAAGAUCAGCACUACUCGGACGGCCUCCGUCCCCAGCAAUGACGACACCCUCAAGCACUCGGACUCCAUCUUGGAGGAGUACACCAGCGAGUCCUUUGAGUCGGCCGAUCGCACCCUCACACCGGCGAGGUCCUCCCCUGCACCACCGCCGCCGGCCGCGGCGGCCACAAUACCCCUCCGCUCCUCCCAGCACAGCACCCCUCCGUCCAGCCUAGACUCGUUCCGUGCCCCCCUGUCUCCCCACCGCCGGAUCCUGGAGUCAGAGAGUGGGUCAGAAUCAGAGAAGUCCUUCUCGCAAACCGUGUCUGAAAUUGCAUCUGACCAGAGCGACAUCGAGGGGCGCGUCAAGGCGUUGGAGUCCGAGCUAAGGAAACGCAAGAUGGAGGCAGACAAGCUGCGGCGACAGCAGAAACGUAUGCAGCGGGAGAAGCUGAAAGCCCAGGAGGCUAGUCUGAAGAAACAGCUGGAGGCUUACGACAAGCUUAUUGAAAAGACCAAGGCCGAGCUCAAGAAUGAGUCGGAGGCCGCCGGUGCGAAAUCUGCUUCAUCAAUGGCUGUCAAGCCUCAAAUCAAGCAGCUGCGGCUGACAGAGGCCCAACGCCUCAAGGACCGCUCCCACACCCGCUCCCUGCGCCAGCGCACAGCCUCGGAGAGCAGCAGUGGGCGGGACGGGCGGGCGGAGCUGGGUGGGGCCAUGCACAAACAGCGGUCGGUGUCAGAGGGCAGCAUGUCCAGCCGGUCCAGCUUGGAUGAGGAGGCGGGGCUGGGAAGGGACCACUCCUACUCAUCCGUGGGCUCAGUGUUUACCCCACCCACAACCCCACGACUUGCUGAGGAUACCACUCCUCCUCCUCCCAAAUCACUUUCACCAUCCCCUUCCACCAAGCGAGACAAGAGCAGCAUCUCUGCCAGUAUCUCUGAGGAGGUCUUUGAAAGGACGUCCAGCAGCACUUCAGAUGAAGACUCCCAGAGAGUGGUGACUGCAAGCCGGAAGAGCCAGAGCCCUGAUGAAUUGUCCCACCGUAGGGGAGGACCACAGCACCUAGAAGAAUGUGAAGAGCAGAGGGACUCCUCUGCCUUGUCGGAAGUUUCGGAGGACGUUCCGUCCGCGUACAGCUCUGUCUCAGCCACACCUGAGAUCUCUCUCAAAGAGUCGCCUAGAUCUGAUGUUGAAACGGAUGUUCAGAAAGCUAGCCUCUCUGUGAAGGCCCGGGAGGAAUAUCAGGAGGUCAAAGAUCAGAGGUCAGAACAGUCUGAAGCUUCGACUGUCCCUGAGGAGGUCUUUUCUGCAGGAAGCUCGCUUUCACAAGACUCUAUCAGGUCCAUCUCCAAGAAGAUUGUCUUGGACGAAAGAAAAUAUUCUCCAAAGACAGAACCUGCUGAGAAUGUUGAAACGCUGGAGAAGAAAUCACCAGCUCUUGUAGCUGGUCGCUCUGCAGAUGACCUCUCCCAGAAGAGUGAGAAAUCAUACUCGCUCUCAAGCUCAGUGCGAUCGUCCCAUCGAUCUCGAACUCAGAGUGAGCAAUCAGGUGCAAGCUACAGUGAAGACUUUGUGGAGUCAUCCAUCUCCAUCGGGGUCAAGAACAAGGAGAGCUACUUGGAAGACACAGACGACGACAUCAGCGAGCAGCUCUCCAUUGCCAGUGAACCCUCGGAGCCCAGUUUUGCAAGCAGCGGAAAGCCUUCGUUCAUUCUGUCGCCAGGCAAACUCUCCCUUGAAGCUGCAAAAAAUGACCUAGAGGUUGCUCCCGAAGUAACCGUCUCUGAGAGGGGCAGCAGUGAAGAGCAGGAGAAGCUGGAAGCUGUCAGCGAAGAUGAUGAGAGAACGCCUGUGCCGUCUCCUCAGGAGGAACAGCUAGAGACGUCCCAGGACUUCACGGGAUACCAGAUCGGGGACCGUGUGAUGGUUGGCAGCAAAGAACAGGGAACCCUACUUUUUAAGGGGAUGACCCACUUUGCACCAGGCUGGUGGGGUGGUGUUGAACUCGAUGACCAGAAGGGAACAAAUGACGGAUCGCUAGACGGACAUGUGUACUUCCAGUGCAAACCGAGCCACGGGAUGUUUGUCCCAGCCGACAGACUUGAGCACCUCGCUCCUGAGCCGGAAAGAGAGGAGACGGAACCUGAGGAAGACUCGCCCGUCGAAGAGGACUUGCCCAGUGUGGCCUCGGAAGGCUCCAACAUCAGCCAAAGGAAGAUCUUGCAGGGUCUCAAGGACAAGGAGAACGACAAGCCCGAAUACUCUCUGCUGUCAUCCCUGUCCUCCAAGACCCCAUCUGAGCCCAUCAAACCCCUGGCUCAGGUGCUGAAGUCAGAAGCCACGGACGAUGACUCAGUGGUCGAAGAUCUCUCAGAACCGAUGACCGACGAUGCUGCUUUAGCUGCCCUGAUUAGCUCGGCAGCAGCAGCUGUGGAGUCCUUCCAUGAGGAUGAUAUUAAUCAUAUCUUUCCUCAGUCUGCAGAUGCCCAGACACCGCGAGGAGCUCCUGAACAGGAAGCUUCACCUUCCCGAUCAAAGGAGCAGUUGGUGGACUCCAUCACAGACCACCUGACAGCAAUAGUGAUGAAGGACUCAGUGAAAGCUAUCGCAGAGGUGGCUGAGAGGCACACACUACAGGACGAUGGCAGAAAGGAGAUCAGCGAAGCAAAGGGCUCCUUGAGAAGCACCUCAACAGAGAAGCCAAGUGGAUCUCUGCUUGGGAUGCUUGUUCAGGAUGAUGCCAUCAAGUCUACAAGAGAUGUUAUGCAGGAUAAGGGAGAAAGGCAAGACAAAGUGGACGAGAAAGCCAAUCAAAAGGUCGCAAUCAAGAGGAAAAUUGACUCCACCACCCAGACCCUUCUCACUGAGGCCAUCACAGAAAUCAUGACUCUGAGAAACAAACGUGCCAAACAGAAAGAAUCAGAGGGUAACCUCAGAACUACAUCUCUGCCUGAAUCACCCAAGUCACCCUCCCCAGAGACACCCUGCCCAUCCCCCUUUGUUCGGGUUGCUACCCCAUACACGCCAGACAGUGAGAGCCCCAUCCCCCAAGAGGACGCAACACUGGAUGACGACAUCUUUAUCAACCGCGUCAAGGUGGAGACGAACAAUUUGGAUCUGAAAGAUCAGGAUCAGUUUCCAGUGGCCCGGCCGGGAUCUCCGGUUUUUGGAGAGUCCAGUGGCUUUAACCCAGAAGCCCUCAGUGAGAAGUUGGAGCAAAUGCAGCAGUUGAAUGCUGACAUCUUUGAGGGGGACCUGUUUGGGGAGCAAGAGUGGUUCGAUGACGACUUCGGCUCCAUGCCCAAGAGCAAGAGCAUCAUCCAGGUGCCAGUGCGGAGCCAGGAAGUGUCGGUCCGCUCCCUGCCACCCAGCCCCAGCACCCCGGAGCCCAGCCGGCUUGACCUGACCCGGAUCGCCCAGGAGCCUUUCUAUGCCAUCCCCCACAACCGCAGAGACGUAAAGUCCCUGGUAGGCAGGUCUGUCCAAGUUGUUCACGAGAAGGCUGUCCUUGGGGAGAGGACGGCCUCCCUCUUCCCUCCGGCCGAGAUCAUGGGUGAAGACAUCCAGGGCUCGGACAUCGAGAGCACCAGCCAGAGAUCCUACAAGCGGCUCAUCUUUGACCUUGUCGGAGAGGCCUACCAGGACAUCACCUCAGAGCAGGAGCAAGGCGAGCAGCUGCCCUGGACCAAGACCAAGCGUAGACCCCGCAAGUACUUCUUCGACAGGCCGCCCCGGGAGCUCCCCGACCUGGCCCAGGUGGUGGAAGACCGGGCGCUGUUUGUGACCGGGCUCGCUGGCCGGCCCAAGCCGGACCCAGCACUGGCCCGCUUCGGUGGCAAGAAGAAGAAAGACCACGUGGAUGAGAUUCUGACGUUGGAGCUCCGGGAGGAGGAGCAGGAGUGGGUGAAUUACGACGACGAUGAACUCGCCGUCAAAAUGCAGCUGACGGAGGCCAUCUUUGACUCGCUGCUGACGGACACUGCAAUGGCGUUGAACAGGAUUCAGGACAGGCGACGAGCGAGGAUGACACCUCAAGAGCCAGAAAUUGAAUUCUGAUAAACUGCAUAGGUAAACCUGGGUAAGAAAUAAAAUGUGAACUCGGAACUAUGAGGACUUGCAUUCUUAAAGUAUGUCAAUAAUACACUAAUGCUUCUGUACACACAAACACGUUUUUAGUCCCGGAAAGGUUAAAGUUCAGGCACAGGAUGGAUCUUAUUGAUUUGAUCCACGAAAUGAAAUAGGAAUUAAAUUAUUGCAUUCAAAUGCUGCAGCAGCAUUUCUGGUGAAGAAAUGAAAUUAUCUGUACCCACUUGCGCGCACACACAAAUAUUCCUUCAAGUUUAUAGUCAAGUGUCAUACUUGAUAGGUGUUUCAAGCAGUGUAUCUUUAAAAUGCAAAUAUAAAUGAUAUCCACAAGUCUGCAAGUUCUACAAAAUCUGCUGAAAUCCCUAGGCUUCCAGUUGAUACCAUAGAAAGCAUCUUCCUUAAUAAAAGCCUUUUCCUAGCCAGUGAUGUUUGUAGCAAAUGAUAUGCUGUCUUCGUCCUUCGCACGGCUCUCGCUUAGAAAUGAUCAUAGAACUCUAAAGCGUUUCAGCAAAAUUCUGGCUUGAUUUCAAUGCAUAAAGAUGGUUGGGGUUUUUUGCUCUCUUCAGAAAAUCUGUGACAAAGUCUUUAAUGCCUGCAGAUGUGACUAUUUAUAAAGGAGGAAGACACAAACAACGGGGAUUGUAAAAAAGGUCGUGUAAAUUUCUGACUGACUGAAUGGGACCUGUACAUUGUCGUAAGUGCUCUUUGGCCAAUUUUUUUUGUAUAAAAAGAAAGAAAACAAGACUAUAUUAUUUAUACUCAGCAGUGCCUAGUAUGAAAAGAAACGGUUAAUGCGCAAUCCUCGGCAUGUGCAGUCUAAACGUGGUUUUUAAGGCAGAGUGGACAGUAGAGAAUGUUGCAUUUUUGACAAAAUGUAGAGAUUCUUUAGUAAUUUUUACCAAAUUGCCAUUAUAGGACAUUGUGUGUGAGUUACCUUUUUUUUCCCAUAAUUUUGUUAUUUGUUUUAUUAUGGUGGAUUUAAUUAUUGGGUUUUUUGUUUUUCUUUGUUGACCUGUUGUUGUAUUUAAAGUGAGAUUUAUUCCCGGUCUUAAGACAGUUUGCAGAAACUUCAUUAUCAACACAUCCAAAUAAGACCCAUGCUGGCAGAGUUCACUUUGUUUUAUUGUUGUUUUUGCCAAAUAUGCGGGCUAUCCUCUCGCUCGAGGUAGAAUCAUUAUAAAUCUGUCACAGCACUUUAGGAAAUCAAACGUAUCUGUUUGUAAGGCUGCAUAGAAUAGCUAGCAUUCAACGAAUACACAGUUCACCAUUUUAAACCAUGUGCCACUCACAAUCUGUUUGUUAUUUUGACCCCAAAAUCUCAAGAUUUUUAUCUUAUCUUGUUUUUGUGGGUCUUCUGUUUUAUUUCCAAAGUUUUUAUUAUUUAUUUAUUUUUUCAACUUUAUUUUAUACAAAUUGCUUCAAGUGCCGUAAUAUUGAUACUUUGGGAGGGGUGUAGUUUUUAGUUGGUGUAAUACUAGUUAUAGGUCAUAGGUUAGAGGUCGUAGGUUAUGUGGGAGGGCCUUUGAUUGGUUGUAUGUACAUAUUGAAAAUAAUUCUAAACAAUCCUGCAAGAUGCCAAAGAAAAUUGUAAGUAUAAAUUGAAUGCUGCAGAUGCAUAGCAAUUGAGUUCCAUCACACAAGCCUAUCUCCAGGAUGGAUUGGUACCUGCUCUCUGUUUAGCCACUGUGUAGGGAUUUUGCGCCACUCUCCUUGGGAACAAGACCAUAGUGUUCGCUUGUGUGGAAGACGCUGAUAUCUAGCCGCACAUGUGUACAAAGAGCUUUCAAGGUAUACUUAGAAAUGACUCUAAUGCAUACAUUUUCUACUCGAUAACUUUUCUGCAACUGAUAGGACUAAGGUAUACGUAGUUGUUAUAACAACCUAAUAUAACUAAUAUAUGAAAUCUUGUGGGGCAAAUAUUUCUGUACAAACGUGGCUUUUCUGAACCAUACCCAGUGCGCAUAAUUAAAAAAUAGUGAAAUAUGCAGAUCACAGAAAGACCAAAUUAAGUUACCUAGAAAAAAGACACAAAGUGACCCAAAUUUACCUGUAGCCAUUUUGCUAUAAAAUGUCCGGUCCAUAAAAUGUAGUUUGUCAAAUAACUUCAUGAUAGUACAUGUACAUGCCAUGAUCGCAACUUUUGCCCGCUCAAAAACCUAGAAUACUUCUCAAUCUAGUGGCCCCAUCCGUCCUUAGAAAUGUUUCUUACGCAAGCGUUUCUGUUUUAUUCAACAGGUCCAAGGACCCAUAAUCCUCCAUUAGGGUGAUAUAUUUCUACUCUUAAGAUGCAAAUGAACAAAAAGAAACGGUUUUGUAAUCAGAGCAGAAUUUAGUUGAUUUUUAUACUAAGUGUUAAUUUAUGUUUUCAAAUUGUAACCACUUCUGUCUUACAAUUUAUGGUAAUGCUAUUUGGUAUAGGCAUUCAUAUAUUAAACUUGGCUGAAACCGUUAGGUGCUUUACAUCUGGUAAUUAAUUGAAUUCAUAGAUACAGGUUUGUUAACCACCAAGUUUUUUUCUUUAAAUAUUUUUUUUUAAAUCAAGGGUGUAAGAUUACAGAGGUGUUAAAAAUUGCUCUGAAGACUUAAUUCUGUCCACAACAAAUUAUUUUGCAACAGCUUUAGGCAAAAUCCCAGAAUGUGAAAGAAACGAGAGUAGCAGCCCGAUACCUGCAUUGUAAAAUGCUGACUUUCGUUAUGUUACCAGUCUAGGAUUCUAGGUGCCACACUGCAUUCUAUCUAGAAGUCACUGGUUGUCAAUGUACAAUGGCAGCCAUAAGGCAAAACAAAUCCUGGUUUCUCCCUGGUAAGGACAGAUGUAAUUGGUGAUUUUAAACUGUGUCUAAUGCUAUGUGAAUUGUACAUUUAUAUUAUUUUUUGGUGUCUGCUAAUUUAUUUGCGUGAAUAGUUUGUAAUUUGUAUUGCAAUAUUUAAAAAAAAAGGAUGCUAUAUAUCUAUGGUUUUGUAAUAUGUGUCUGAUGGGGGUUAAGUAUAUCAUGGGUUUGCAUCGGGAUACUUUUUAAAUGGCUUCCACAUUUUAAAGUACCUUCAGUUUAAAUAAUCGGCAAUUUAGAUUUUUCUUUUAUCAGUAAUUUUUUUCUAAUUUAUUAUUUUUUUUAAUACAAGGGCUAAACUCCUCUGUAUCAAAAUUCAAAACCACGUAUGUACAUUUUUGGGAAAAGAAUGCCAUGUAUAGUGUAUUAAUUACAAAUGCGAGCAUUAUCAAUCUCAAAACUAAGGAACAUUCCUUUAAACUGAGGUUAGAUUGAAGAGUUUUUGUAAAAUUGUGUCAUACUCAGAUGACUUGUACAUAAGAAUUGACAUAUUACAAGUAAUGCACAGACUUAUGUUACAUGUACUUUGGCAGGUCGGCAGUAUUUAUACAAAACAGUAAACUUUGUACAUGGUUCUCAAGCAUUGCAUGUGCGGACAAAAUUUGCUCGCUGUGUGUGUAUUAAUAUGCAAAUGUUUCCAAAUGGAUGACUUCUGUAUAAAAUGCAUCAAUGUAUAAACUGCACUAUACAGUCUAAAAAUUGGCUGGACAGACUCGAUGUGUAUAUAUAUACAUUGUAAAGAAUGGCAAAUGGUGUAAUGUGUCUCUGAUGUGUAUAUGUGUAUGAAAAUAAUAUGCCAACAAAUCUCAGAAAAAAAUAUUGGUGACUGCAAGUCCUGGUUAUUUGUGCGUGUUUGAAACCCGUUAUUUGUGUAAAAUGUUUAGGGUAGAAAUGCAUAAAAGGAGAAUGUGACCACAAGAAAAUCCCCUUCCUUCCCGCCUCUCCACAAAUAACUACAUUUUUUAUGGUUUGAUAUGAAAACAUGAAGGUUAUUUUGGACACCUGGGGCUGAAACGUUACCUUCAGAUGUUUGACAUUUUUGAAAACCUUGCCUUCUGAAUGAUGCAACCAGAAAGUGCUAUGGAAUAUUACAGUUGUAGAUACCCAAAGGCAUCCUUUCUACUUGUUUUUCACAUUUUCAGCCUAGAUUUUAACAAAAACCUGCAAGGGGUUAACCUUGCAUUUUAAUUAAAAACUGGUAAGGAGUUGACUUUUCUGCAAACAACUCCAAAAUGCUUUUGGGCACAAGGUAUUAGCAUUUCAUGAUGUGUAUGGCUGUUAUAUAAGAGAUUUGGGCAAAAAGAUGGAAUUUAUGGAUGAGAAAAAUCUGUCCAAUUUUUAAAAUUUGUGUGUUUUCUUUUUAAUAGUCCAUUUGUUGAAAAACAUCUCAUCUGCACUUUUCAAGGAAAUCCAUCGUUCUUUUUUUUUUUGGCAAAAAUAAACAAAAAUACAAGGGGUCAACCUUGCAUUUUAAUUAAAAUUCUGUGCAAUAUUGACCUUUCCGUAAACAGAUCAGAAAUACUAAU